AUGAGAUGUUUUGGGUUUGGUUAUGAUUCCAAAACUUGUGAUUACAAGUUUGUCUCAGUGUACUGUCAACCAGAUGUUGAUGGAUAUGAAGAUAUGGAUGUUUCUCAAGUUGAGAUACAUACUUUAGGUUCAGAUUCAUGGGAAAACUAUCAUUCAUACAAUCCUUAUCAAAUUAACGAAAAGCGUGGGGUGUUUCUAAAUGGAGCUAUCCACUGGUCAGCAAAUUUGCGUACAAGUUUGGAGUGGCAACCACGACUUUUAAUUUCUAUGGACAUGGAAGACGAGUGUUCGCGAUACUAUACAUUUGGGAUGUGGGAGAUGAAAGAUUACUAUGGACAUAUGUAG